AUGGCGUGGCGACGCGCCGCCCCGGCGACGGCGCGCGCGGCGGAUGGACGCGCGGUGGGUACGUCGGUGGAUGGAAGACGUGGACGCGCGUUCGAGGACGAGCGCGUGAAGGAUGCGCGGGACGAGGCGCGCGCGCGCGGCGUGUACGCGGCGCCGAGCGCGGCGGAGGCGGAGAAAAAGGCGAACGCGACGCAUCCGAGGACGUACGACGACGAUGGGCGCGUGCGACGAUAUAGAUAUUUCGAUCAGUUCGAUAUGGGGUUGGAGUUCGGCGCGGGCGUGGCUGGGUAUUUUUUCGUAGUGCGAGCGCUCGCGUUUUUGUUCUUUGCGGCGUUCGCGAUCAACUUGCCGGCGAUGUACGUGAAUUAUACGAGCACGUAUUACGCGUCGGAGUACGAGGCGGUUCCAUCGAAGGGAUUUGGGCGAGCGGUCGUGGACGCGGUGAACGCGACGUCGCCGAAUCCGACGUUUCACUCCUGGUACGUCAAUUGGCACUGGGCGAAUCCGAUGAGCGCCAGUUUAGGAACCGUGGCACCCGAUACGGUGCCUCAGCGCGCGUGGUUGCUCGCCGAGCCGUCGGCGAAGAUGUUGCGAUGGAGUUCGUCAAAGAUCGAUUUCAUUCGUCUGUCGGUGGGUCUGGACAUCGCGUCGACGGUGAUGAUUCUCUUGGCGACGCCGAUCAUGUACGUGUGGCUCGUGAACAUGGAGCGACGAGUGGAGAGAGGGACGGCGACGCUGAGGGAUUACUCCGUCUUGGUCACGAGAUUACCGAGCGACGCAACGGAAGAGGAGGUCAGAUGUUUCUUCGCGAUGCGCUACGGCGAUGUGGGGGCGGUAACAGUGGUGAAGAGCGAGUGCAUGCACGUCCGAGCGUUGAGACGACGCACGCGGUUGCUAGAGGAUUACGAUGAAGCAGAGGCGGCACUCCUUGCCGCGGGGAAUCGCGGUGGGGAUGCGAGAAAGGUACGGAUCGAGGAAGCGAUCAUUAACGUCGAUCGUAAGUUGGCGAGAAAGAAGGCGCGGACGAGAGCGAAGACGUCGUGCGCCUUCGUGACGUUUGAGACGGAGUGCUCAAAGAUAGACUGCCUCCUCACAAACCAGCGAAGUUGGAUUUCGUACAUUUUCGCCUUCCCGAGAAAGAGUAGAUUCAGAGGAAAGAUUAGGUUUGAGGUUCGCGAAGCGCCGGACCCCGAAGACGUGUACUACGAAAACCUCAAUCUGUCAGAUCGAUGGUGGCGACACCCGUUGACGGGCAUCGCAUGCGCCGCCGUAGUCGUUACGUGUUAUGGUUUGUUGAAAUUGCUCGUCAUGGACAAGGAGAAGCGCUACGCAAACGCAGAUAUGUACCCGCAAACGCUUGCAAGUGAUGUCGGGAUCGUCGUCGCUCAAACUGCGCCGCCCAAUGGCUUGUUUGAGACGCACGGGAACCAGUUCAAGGCAGCGUGCGAGACGCGUCUCGAUCAAUGCGGUGUGGCCUUCUCAAAGUACAAGACUCACGUUGGUUUACCUUGGGGUUCACCGCUGUACGUCUUCUACGAGUAUCCAAACGCAACGGCGAGGGAUCGCGAGUACGCACAGCUAGACUUCGUGCGUGAUCUCACAGAGUGCGCCGACGACGUGGAGCGGUGUCCCUCUGGCCAGGCGACGUUGCAAAAUUGCUAUGCCUGCCACUGCGCCAGUUUGAGGUACGGCCUACCGCAGAGCAUUGUGAAGGCGUACAGUAAGAGCAUUCGUUAUUCUUGCGAGCGCUACGUGAAUCUGGGUCCGGGUGAAUACUACAACUGGCUGUGGACCGCGUUCGUCAUCUCGUUGCUGAAUAUUGUUCCGUCUCUCCUCUCACCCGUUCUUAUCAGCUUGGAGCGUCUUCGCACGCGAAGCAAGGCCAAGAUGCUCGCGACAAAGAUGAAAUUCAUGGUCAAAUAUAUCAAUGUGGCCGUCAUUUACUGCUUGCUCAACGCCGAUCUACAGCGUGCGGGGAAGUACUUGCCUCUGCUCAAGCAAAUGUUUGGACUCUCAGGCGAAUACGAGGACUUCACAAACGCCUGGUACAACGACGUCGGGCUGGUGAUAUUCUUCAGCAUCAUGAUGAGCGCCACCAUGCGAUUCAUCGAGCGAUUACUGGACGACAUAUUCACCAGGUUUAAGCGUACUUUCGUUGCGUCGUACAUUCACACUCAGAGAAAACUCGACCAUGUUUUUGAAGGGCCAAAGUUUGACACGGGAUCCAAAGCCGGAGACGUGUGUUACAUUGUCAUGGCAGCCAUGACGUACUCGAGCGGCAUGCCGCUCUUGUACUUGGUGGCAUCGAUGUUCUUCGUCAUCGUUUCUCUGUACGAUUACCGUUUGCUCCUCAAGGUUUGCAAAACGCCUGACCGAACAAGAACGUUGCUCGCGAAGACGAUAGUCGAAGUUUUGUUCGUGUCCGUGUUCGUGCACUGCUUCGUCGGCCUUUGGAUGUUUUCCAUCCACUGGACACCGGAUUUAUUGCAUCCGGGCAAAGGUUUUGAGGAUUCGGCCGUCAACGACCGCCAGGCGCUUGAACAAUCCGUCGGUGGAUUGAUGUUACAUCCGUUGCACGACAACAGUGCACUCAUGGCCACGGUUGCCGAUACCGGGACGGCAACGGCGUACUUUCACGCAUACCGCACGAGCACCGUCGGCUCGGUGAACGAGACUACGGUGAUCAAUUCGCCUCCUCUGAUCCCGCUGCGGUACAAAGAGCGUCCUUUCAGCGAGGCUGGCGUGCCGUUCCUCGGCCUGCAGUUUGCUGUCUGGGGAUGCGGCUGUCUAUUCAUCGUCGGUUCCUACAUCUUUCACUGCACGACCAAGCGCAAGAAAGUCGCGAAUUCGUGGAAACAGCUACCGAAUUUUCACGUCGCGAUUCUCACGGGACUUCUGGUCGGUUCAGAGACGUAUGCGCCCGAGGAGCAGGCCGAGUACAAAUUCAUAUUCCCGCGGAAACAGCAAGUGUUCGAGCUCGAGCGAGACGGUUUACACGAGGACGGUCCCGAGCGCGGGGACUCUGCAAUCUCGAGAGAGGUUUUGGAAGUCGACGCAUUCGACGACCGCGUCGUCGCCCGAUCGGACGGGUACGAUCCAACGAAAGAGUACGAGGGCGGCGCUCCUUGGACGCGGAAGAACAGCAAGAGACAGUCGUCGCUCUAUGCCGGGGACGAAGCGCACGCGAAGCGCGGAUCCAGAGGGACGAACCAGCGCGAUGGCGGCCGCUACGGCGUUCCGAUCGUCGACAUUCGCGCACUCGGUGCUGGAAACGAUUUCGAUCAUCGCGAAAAUGACUCAUACCUUGUCGCCGAGAGCGCCGACGCGGAGGAGCUCGAGUAUUCAGGUUCCGAUAACGAGGGCACGCUCGCCGAUGACGCGUCAACAGAGCGAAGCGCAUCUGAAUACGGCGAAGACGAAGACGACGGUGCGCAAAACGACGUGCGUCGCCCCUCAUGGCUUCGUUGA